GAAGCCCGCGCCUGAGCACUCGCCACAGUCUACUACCGCGCGCUCAUCACGACGGACGCAGAACGAUCGCGAACGAACGAACGAACGAACGCGUGCAAUUAAACAGAAGCGGAAAAAGAGAGGAAACAAGAACGCUUCGAACUCGUCCGAAAGGAGUUGAAGUCCUUCCCGUUUUCAACUUCGUGCAGCGUGCUUCGUGUCAAUGCUGGUGAAUUGUGUGCGGUGCGAUGCGAUAACGAUCCCUGGUGCCCCUCGCACGCGUCCAUAGUUUAUAUGGCUGAUUUGUCCUUUUUCGAGCAAGGAUAAAACAAGGUUUUGUGAUUGGUGAGUUCGCUUUCUGGAGUGAUUUUGCCGCGCAGCGGAGUGAACAGACAGACAGUGAGGGAAGUGAAGUGACACCGAGCUCUGGCGGGGGUUCGAUUUUCUGUGCUGUGGGAUUCAACAACUUUGUGGGUGGGUUCUUGUGAAAGGUGUAAUCAAGGGUGAAGGAGUUGCGAGCGGACGCUUCCAUUUUUCGAUUCCAAAAACGACGUAGUAGGCUUAGUGAGUGAGGAGCGAAGGUUCCGCAUCCUUGGCGUUUGGCUGUCAGUAGUGCUGUGUGACAAGUGAGCAAACACAAAACACAUACAAAAAGAAGAAGGAGAAGAAAACACAACCACACCAUGCGUGACUUUGCGAGUCUGUUCGGCAGUCAGUAUCAAACAAUAUUCGGCGGCAGUCCGAGCUGCGCUGGUGGCAGUUUGGGCGGUAGCAGCAGCGGCAGCAGCAGCAGUGGAGACUGUUGCUCCUCGGCGGGCGGUGGCGGCAGCUCCGGGACGUCACAGCGCCGCCGGUCAGUGAGCCUGGGCCCGUUCCGGCGCCGGAUUCGGAGUGAAUUUUCCCUGCUCGACUAUUUCUUCCACCAACCGAAGCAUGGCCGACACACGCGCUACCCCAACCGAACGUUUAUGCUUAUGGCCGCCGGCUUCAUGUUCAUUAUCUGCGGUGCGCUCAUUCACAUCCUUGAUCCUUAUUUACUAAUAUUUAAAUGGAAACUAAUCUUCCAGGAAGGGUCGGAAAUUUUCAACCUCUGGCGCACACCGCCCGUCGAUCUGUACAUCAAGAUCUAUCUCUUUAACGUGACCAACGCGGAAGACUUUAUGGCGGGCCGGGCCGAAAAGAUGCAGAUCGAGGAAGUGGGCCCGUACGUCUACAGGGAGCUGAUGUCGCACGACAACAUUACGUUCAACGACAAUGGGACCGUUUCGACGAGACCGCACCAUCCGCUGAUCUUUCAGAAGGGCAUGUCCGGCAACCUGCGGGAGGAUGACGUCUUUAUGAUGCCCAACAUUGCGCUGCUGAGCAUAGCGCAUGUGGCCGCCAAACAGCCGUACUUUAUCCGCUGGCCAAUCAAUCUGCUCAUACGGCAAACGAAGGUGCAGCCGCUCGAGCGACAGACGGCGCGCGAGUUUAUGUACGGCUAUCCGACCACGCUGACCACGCUCGGCUACACCUUCCUGCCGAACUGGAUAUCGUUCGACAAGGUGGGCCUGAUCGAUCGGAUGUACGACUUUGAUGAUGAUUUCGAAACGUUCUACACGGGGGAGACGACGGCGAGCGUUUCGGGCCUGUACGAUACCUACCUCGGGUCGCCGGACCUGGCCCAGUGGAAUGGUAGCCAUUGCAGCAACAUUCGCAACGCGUCCGACGGUACCAAGUUUAAGAGCUUCAUCGAGCCGGACGAUCAGCUGCUGUUCUUCCGCAAAAGCAUGUGCCGUGCGCAGAUACUGAUCCAAAACGGUACCGACUACGAGGUGGACGGGCUGAAGGCAACCAAGUUUGUGUUUGAGGAAAAUGCGCUCGAUAAUGGCGAGUACGAUCCGCGCAACAAGUGCUACUGCCGCAAGGGUAACUGUUUGCCGCGUGGUCUGAUCGACGUUACCAGCUGCUACUACGGCUUCCCGAUCGCCCUCAGCUAUCCGCACUUUCUCGACGCCGAUCCGAAGGUGCGGUCACACGUGAACGGUUCCCGGCCGGAUCCGACCGCCCACCGGAGCCAUUUCAUGAUCAAUCCGAUAUCGGGACUUCCGCUGGAGCUGUCGGUCAAGUUCCAGAUCAACAUGGUACUGGACGAUCUGAGCAGUAUGGCGCACUGCGAGAAGUUCUCCAAGCUCGUCGUACCGGCACUCUGGUUCGAAAUUAUGAUGCCAGGGCUGCCGCCAACGCUGCUGUCGCGCUUCCUCUUCUACCUAAAGAUACUGCCGUUCGGCGACCAGGUGGUAAAGCACAGCCUGCUCGCAUUCGGCGGCAUCCUGCUGCUCGUUGCCAUCACGAAGGUGUCGCUGACGCUCUCGUCCGCCUACUCGUCCGCGUACCGCAUCUCGAACGAGCUGCGGGAAAGCCUCUGGUAGCCUAGGGGAAAGGACAGACAGGCACACACCCAACAACAACAACAACAACAACAACACCAGGCCAAAACUGAAUUGCUUUCAUCUCGAGAGUGGGGUGACAAGCAUGCAAGACUAGUUUUGUAGG